UUCAUCGAUCGUUCUCGACGAAAAGUAACCUAACAUACUCGUCGACCGUCUGUCAUCGACGCUCUUCGGUAUUUGACUCGAUGCUUUUCGACGUUCCCGACGAUGCGAAAAGCGGCAAGGAGGUAUUCGGCGAAGUGAGAGCUCGUCUUGAAGAUGGGAUGCAAAACCAGCAUACUGGAGUGCAUGAGGGACAAAGUUGAACUGGAGAAGAGCACAUCGUCCGAAACUAGAAGCUCUCUCGUUACAAGCGACGUAACGGAAACCGACAAGGAACAAAGCAGCCCGUACCUCGUGUUCGGUGAGCGUCGUCUUGUUACCGAAGAAGACAAUUACAAAGUACCACAAUGCAAGACGGAUGUGCUUGACAUCGUGGGUGAGAAAACGCCUUUCGAGGGCAACGAUGAGGGCAGCGAUUAUCUGACCAUUAAGGGACCUCAAGACGUCAAUACUCAUCUGUUGACGACCUCUGUCCCCAAUAUUGUGAAAAUAUUAUUAGUCUUUAGCAAAGAUGACCAGCAAAUGGAGAUACUCGCUACGACUGCGAGCAAAUUGGGUUGGAGUGUAUCAGUGGCGAAAGACGCGGAAAAAGCGAUUGAACUCUUUCAAAAUCGUACUCACGAAUUGGUGAUCAUUGAUCAUAGAGGACAUCGUGCGACCGAGGGCGAUGCUAUUUGUAGAGCGCUCAGGUCAAGUCCGGUUCAUCACAAUUCCGUCAUUAUAGCGCUCGUGAAGAAAUCAUACUUUAUGCUCGCUGAUAAAGACCAUAUUGCGGCGCUGAACUUGUUAGAAACAGGCUUUAGCAGAGCUAUGAUGGAAUGUUCCCACGAAGGUAUACUAAUAAAUGAAUUAGUUGGAAUAUACACUAGCUCGUUGUUGCCGAGAACACAACUCGCAGCGGCACAUGCAUUGUACUUGGCACUUGACAGAUGUCGCGAUAUGGUGCAUGUAACCAACGAUAAGAAUAUUGUACAGUUUCUAAAUAAAGUCAGCGAAAAAUUGUUAGGAUAUGCGACAGAGGAAAUGAUGGGGAGAAAUCUCUCGGAGAUAGUCUUCUACGAAAAUUUCGCUUUAAUGGAGCAGCAGUUGAGUAAAGGCCGGGAAUUCGAAGGGAAUAUGAAUUGCAAGAGGAAGAACAACCAAAUGAUCACGAUAAAUUGCCGGAUAAUCCCGUUCUGCACCACGCUGAAAAAACCAACUCAUUACAUAUACGUGUACGACACUACGUAUCUGUCAGAAAAUAUAGCGCCGAUAAGCCCAAUUGCUAGCCCGUUGCAUCCUCCUCUAAGGACAAGCAUAUUGUCGAACACGCGAAAACCCUCGGAUGUGAGAUCUGCUGUGAGCGAGGGUCGCCGGCGGUCCAGUUUGCAGAAAUUGCACACCUUGCAACUGGAAGCUCCCAUUACCAAAGUCAUUACUUUACUUUCAAAUGCGGUGACGGACUCGACUAAUCCGGAGACAGCGGCGCAAAUCGAUAAGGUAAUCGAUAUCUUAAAGACGACGGAACUUUACGUGCCACACCUCAAGGAGGACAAAAUCUACAAUGAUCCGGUUGCGACAGAUCUCGUCGGCGCAUUGCUUUCCCAGUCGUCUCGAACAACGUGGGACUCGAGAAGAUCGUCAGCGGAUUCCGCAAGAUUGUCCACUAUUAGACCUAUCACCGGGCCGACUAAUGCGCGUAUGUCCAUGAAAAAUUUCCGUGGACCGCAGGAAAUCGCAGAUGUGUUGGACAACAGUCUCGAGUGGGAGUUUGAGAUAUUUAAGCUCGAAGUGCUGACGGAAGGAAGGCCGCUUGUUUUCCUGGGAUCGACGAUCAUGAAUUUGUAUCAAGUGCCCGCGAAAUUAAAUUGCGACGAGAAAGUCAUGCAGAAUUGGCUGUCAAUUAUCGAAUACAAUUACAUAUCGGAGAACAGCUAUCAUAAUUCAACGCAUGCUGCCGAUGUCUUGCAAGCUACCGCGACUUUCAUGCAAUCGAAGAGACUGAAGGAAAUUUUAGAGCCCUUAGACGAGGUCGCCGCUUUAAUCGCCGCGGCUGCGCACGAUAUUGAUCAUCCCGGACGAUCCAGCCAGUUCCUUUGCAACGCUAGUAAUCGUUUAGCGAUACUCUAUAACGAUCUGUCGGUGCUCGAGUCACAUCACGCAGCCUUAACGUUCAAAUUAUCGUUAUCCGAUGAUAAUGUGAAUAUUUUUAAAAAUCUGGACCGAGAUACGUACAAGCUGUUGCGACAAAAUGUCAUUGACAUGAUUCUGGCGACCGAAAUGACGAAGCACUUUGAGCACCUGGCGAAGUUCAUGAAUGUCUGCAGCGCGAGAAUCGGUGACGGUCAAGUUGAGUCUUACUCGAACUCUCUGGACAUGUCUGUGAUAUUGCAACCGGAUAACGUAAUAUUGAUCAAAAGAAUGAUGAUCAAAUGCGCAGACGUAUCGAAUCCAACGCGACCGCUGAAGAGUUGCGUCGAAUGGGCGAGACGGAUUGCCGAGGAAUAUUUCUGUCAGACCGACGAGGAGAAAAAGUUGAAGAUGCCCGUCGUAAUGCCGAUGUUCGAUAGACAGACGUGUUCGAUACCAAAAUCGCAAAUUGGCUUCGUCGACUUUAUCAUCAACGACAUGGUCGAAGCUUGGGAUGGUUCGUUCUUUUCGUCAUUUUGCGAGUGUCAUUUAUUGUGUGAGAAUUUGUUGAGAAUACAUUCCGAUUAUUAUUUUUCUAUCUAUUCCGCAGCGUUCAUCGACAUGCCGGAAAUGGUGGGCUAUAUGCGACAAAACUACGAGAAAUGGAAAGAGUAUAAUGAACAGGGUAUAUCUACUUUGCAAGAUGUCGAGAAGAUACAACAGCAUCCUGACCUACAAAUUCCGCGAUUAUCGCGGUAAAAUGGAAGCGCGCCGUUUUACGCCCUAUUGUGCUAUUCAUGCAUAAAGUGCUGCGUUUAUAGUAAAGAGACAUAUUGUAUAGUAUUUGUGUAUUUAAAUAUAGAACAACGAGAGAGAAAGACGUCACGUCGAAUAGUUUCUGAAUAAAGGAUAAAUGUACGUACACACACACACACACACACACACACGCAUAUGUAACUUGCCGUUUCGUCUCAUUAGUAUGUAUAUAUAUUACAUGUUACUCUUGUUUAAGUAUAACUCCAUUUUCUCUGAAUGACACUUAUCGUAUUACUAUUUUAAGUACGUGACGCACAUCAGCAAGACACAUAUAACAUAAAGUCAGAAAUACCUUUGCAGCUUCCGCGACUGCGUAAUUGCGAACAAAAUCUUCGCUGCAGCUUCGGUGCGUGCUGGUUAAUUUAAUUUGUACAUCUGGGAGCAGCUAGUGAAAAUAAAAUGAGAAUUACCAAGUGA